GAUACUUCUGUCGCCGUCAAAUAUCGUCUCAGUUAUCAGUAUCGUGCAGCUCUGGUUGUAAAUAUUCCUCCGUGUGGUUUAUUUUGAAAAGCAGCGGCUCCGACAACGCUACGUGGAUUGAGUGGGAUUGGAUCAUGUAUUUGUCCUUCUCGUUCCGUAGGAGCCGGUUGUAGCAGCCAAGCGAUCACGUGGAAUCUCUUUCAUCGUCCACCAAGCGAAAUAGAUUUAUCGGAUACAAAUUCGAGGAUGAACUCCGUGGAAAAAGUAUACGGUUACAAGCUGGCAGCAUGGUAUAGAAGGCAUUCACUGGCUUUGCAUGUUGGAACGAUGAGUUUUGGUCUUGGAUACUUUAUGACCGCCGGUGCGCCCAACAAUCUUUGGUCGAUUUCGUUGGGUAGUGCUGUCUUAGGUUAUUAUGUAGGCUACAAACCUCGAUCCAAUUUUACAACGAAGGAUCUUAUCGUUAUAAGUGGUUGCAAUUGCGGUUUGGGCUACAGUUUAGCAUUGCAUUGUCGCGCCCAGGGUGCAACGGUUUUAGCCGGAGUACACAACUUAUUGCAAAACCAAAAUGCUGCUGUUGUUGAAGAAUUUAAGAAGAAAGACAUCUUGUUUUGCGACCUCGAAAUCACAGACGAAGAAUCCGUUUACGCAUUCGCACAGACAGUUGAAGAGUUGAUAAAAAAAAAACAUUUAGUGCUGCGCGCAUUGGUGAAUAACGCGGGGGUGAUGGUUUUCGGUGAGUUCGAGUGGCAGACGUCGCAGCUCAUGGAGUAUCAAAUAGAUGUGAAUGUGCUGGGAACAAUGAGACUCACUCGGGCGAUGAUGCCGAUGAUACGGCAAAACGGCAGUAGGAUUAUCAUAGUAAGCAGCCAUUGCGCCCAAGAACCUUUGCCGGGUAUAAGCGUUUACGGAGCGUCAAAAGCAGCCGAAUAUGCGUGGGCCACAUCCCUUAGAGUAGAGCUUGGCAAGUACGGCGUCAAGGUCGUCUGCUUUAUUCCCGGUGGUUUUGUAUCAGAAAGCAACAUCAUGAAGCGACAAAAGAAACACUUUCAAGAGAUGAAAACGUAUAUGUCGGAAGAAGCAAAUCAAUUUUACAGCAAUUAUUUUACUAAAUACGCAGAGUACUUAUCUCAUGUUUCGCCAAAUUCAAACGAGUUAAAAAUCAUUACGAAUUCUAGAAUCUACGAAACUUUUAACGACGCUCUUCUCGAAAUCUAUCCUUCAGAAUUUUACAGAUGUGAAUCCUGGAGGUACUUCUUUUAUCGUAUAUUAUUUAAGAUCACACCAAUGCGGAUGCGCGAUUGGUUGGUGAUGCGUUUUGUUAACAUGCCGGCCUGGCAGCCAGCCAGCAAAACUGAAAAAGUGAAUAAGUGAAUUGUCAUUAUUAUCAUUUUACGAGAUAAGUUUUUACUUAAUUAUUAAUGUAAUUGUUAUUAUCUCAUUUAAAUGAAUAUCAUUUUAACUUGUAUUUAAUUCCAUUUUGCUACUUAAUUUUUUUCAAAAAAUAUAUAUACAUAUAUAUAUUCA